AUGCAUGUCCGCAGACUAGAACUAGUAGCGCAAAAUUUGAGUUGUAGUGCCUGUUCAUUUCGAACAUUUCAACUCAAACGUUAUGUUACAUUAAAAAAUACCCGUUCAUUUUCAUGUCAUAUCUCUAAACGUCACAAAACAUAUGUAAAAUUUCAAGCGGUUGACAAUGUUGAGGAUCGCAAUAUGGAUGGUCGCAGAGAUGACUGUAUGAUAGUAAACAACGAGGAAUUUGUUUCAGGUGAUGAAAUAACAGCUGAUUUUGAUGGUCAAAAUGACAAUCAUUCAAAUUGCGAAGAGGAAAAAGAAAAAAGGUGUGAGCUGUUAUUGAUAAUGAAAAUUUUACAUUUUUUAUUAGCAUUACAGUCCUAA